GACAAGUGCGUGCAAAAUUCAAGUGGCAACGAGUCACCGCGAUUUUCAAUUGGGGACUUUGUCGUUCAUCAUGGAAUUAUUCGUGGAAACCCGGCCGGUGGCGCUUCGCCGCUGAAAUCACAUCGCCAGUGUUUAAAUCCCGACACGGUCCUUCGGAAGAAGGCACACGGUAAACUGGAGCAAAAUGUCGGACAAAAUGUCCAGUUUUCUCCACAUCGGGGACAUCUGCUCUCUGUAUGCGGAAGGGUCCACCAAUGGAUUUAUCAGCACUUUGGGUCUCGUUGAUGAUCGGUGUGUGGUGCAGCCAGAGUCCGGGGACCUCAACAACCCUCCCAAAAAGUUUCGAGACUGUCUGUUCAAGCUGUGUCCCAUGAACAGAUACUCGGCCCAAAAACAAUUUUGGAAAGCGGCGAAGCCAGGAGGCAACAACACCACUGACACAGUGCUCCUCAACAAACUACAUCAUGCUGCUGAUCUAGAGAAGAAACAAAACGAAUCAGAGAACCGGAAGCUUCUAGGAACGGUGAUUCAGUAUGGAAAUGUUAUUCAGCUGUUGCAUUUAAAAAGCAAUAAGUACCUCACGGUGAAUAAACGCUUGCCUGCUUUGCUGGAGAAGAACGCCAUGCGUGUGACGUUGGACUCGGCUGGAAACGAAGGCUCGUGGUUUUACAUACAGCCCUUUUACAAACUUCGCUCCAUAGGAGACAGUGUUGUGAUUGGUGAUAAAGUAGUUUUGAAUCCUGUGAAUGCUGGACAACCUCUUCAUGCCAGCAGCCAUCAACUGGUGGACAAUCCAGGCUGCAAUGAGGUGAACUCUGUAAACUGUAACACUAGUUGGAAGAUUGUUUUAUUUAUGAAAUGGAGCGAUAACAAGGAAGUAAUUCUUAAAGGGGGUGAUGUGGUGCGACUUUUCCACGCUGAGCAGGAGAAGUUUCUCACUUGUGAUGAACACAGGAAGAACCAGUAUGUGUUCUUGCGCACGACAGGUCGCCAGUCUGCCACCUCUGCUACCAGCAGCAAAGCAUUGUGGGAAGUGGAGGUGGUUCAGCAUGACCCUUGUCGUGGUGGGGCUGGAUACUGGAAUAGUCUGUUCAGGUUUAAACAUUUGGCCACAGGACACUACUUGGCAGCAGAGGUGAGUGAGGUGUGUUCUCCUAUCAAUGGAUCAUCCUCCAGCUGUUCCCAGAUCAGCACUAACCUCUCCCACUGGGUCAAUCCAGAUUAUGAGCAGGAGUCUCGAGAUUCUCGUUCAUCUGUGGCAGACUUUUCACCCUUUAACUUCCAGCUUGACUUAGAACACGAAGCUCUUCGAGGGCGUCUGCGCACACCCAACGAGAAGGUCAUGUAUACCCUUGUUUCCGUUCCCGAUGGCAAUGACAUCUCCUCUAUAUUUGAGCUGGACCCAACCACCCUACGAGGUGGAGACUCCCUCGUACCCAGGAACUCAUAUGUGAGACUGAAGCACCUGUGCACCAAUACAUGGGUGCACAGCACCAACAACCCCAUUGACAAGGAGGAAGAAAAGCCAGUUAUGUUACGGAUCGGCACAUCGCAUGUCAAAGAAGACAAAGAAGCCUUUGCCAUAGUGCCAGUGCCCCCUGCUGAAGUCAGGGACCUUGAUUUCGCCAACGAUGCCAGUAAAGUGCUGGCGUCGAUUGCUGGCAAACUGGAGAAGGGCACGAUCACUCAGAAUGAAAGGAGGUUUGUCACUAAGCUUCUGGAGGACCUCGUGUUUUUCGUGGUGGACAUUCCCAACAGCGGGCAGGACGUGCUGGAGAUCAUGGUGAACAAACCGAACCGUGAGCGACAGAAGCUCAUGCGAGAACAGAACAUCCUGAAACAAAUAUUCAAGUUGCUCCAGGCUCCAUUCACAGACAGCGGCGAUGGUCCCAUGUUACGCCUGGAAGAGCUGGGUGACCAGAGACACGCCCCGUUCAGACACAUCUGCAGAUUGUGUUACCGCGUGCUACGGCAUUCACAGCAGGACUACAGGAAGAACCAGGAAUAUAUCGCCAAGCAGUUUCGCUUCAUGCAGAAACAGAUCGGCUACGACGUGUUGGCCGAGGACACGAUAACGGCCCUCCUCCACAACAACCGCAAACUCUUGGAGAAACACAUUACGGCGGCAGAAAUUGACACGUUUGUCAGUCUUGUAAGAAAAAAUCGUGAACCAAGGUUUCUGGAUUAUCUUUCGGAUCUGUGCGUGUCCAUGAAUAAAUCCAUUCCUGUGACUCAAGAGCUCAUCUGCAAUGCCGUGCUUAACGUCGCCAACGCCGACAUCCUUAUAGAGACAAAACUGGUGUUGUCCCGGUUUGAGGUGGAGUCAGGAGAAGGCCCUGUGGAGUCAGAGGAGGAUGAAGAGGAAGUUUGGUUGUUCUGGAAGGCCAGUAAUAAGGAGAUCAGGAGUAAGAGCGUCAGGGAGCUGGCACAAGAUGCCAAAGAAGGCCAGAAAGAGGACCAGGAAGUCAUUAGCUACUACAGAUAUCAGCUGAAUCUGUUUGCACGCAUGUGUUUGGACCGCCAGUACUUGGCCAUUGAAAAGAUUUCAGGCCAGCUGGAUGUAGACUUGAUCCUGCGCUGCAUGUCAGACGAAGAUCUGCCCUAUGACCUCCGUGCCUCAUUCUGCCGGCUCAUGCUUCACAUGCACGUGGAUCGCGAUCCGCAGGAACAGGUCAUGCCUGUGAAAUACGCCCGGCUGUGGUCUGAGAUCCCAUCCAAAAUCGCCAUUGAUGAUUACGAUAACGACGGGACCACCAGAGACGAGAUAAAGGAACGCUUCGCACUCACUAUGGAUUUCGUGGAAAACUACCUCAGGGAAGUGGUUUCUCAAAAUGUUCCUUUCUCUGACAAAGAGAAAAACAAACUGACUUUCGAGGUUGUGAAUUUAGCAAGAAACCUCAUUUACUUCGGAUUUUACAACUUUAGCGAUCUGUUGCGUUUGACGAAGAUCCUGCUGGCCAUUUUGGACUGCGUUCACGUCAGCACUAUCUAUCCUAUCAACAAAAUGGAAAAAGGGGAUGAAUCCAAAAGUAGCAACGUCAUGAGAUCCAUCCAUGGUGUUGGGGAAUUGAUGACCCAGGUUGUGCUAAGGGGGGGAGGGUUCUUACCCACAACCCCUAUUGCCCCACCAGAUGGUAUUGUGGUUAAGACCCAGACAGAACCUGAAAAAGAAGACAUUCUGGUGAUGGACACCAAACUGAAGAUCAUAGAGAUCCUACAGUUUAUUCUGAAUGUAAGACUGGACUACAGGAUAUCCUGCUUGCUGUGCAUCUUCAAGCGAGAGUUUGCUGAGAGCAACUUGCAAACAGAUGCCGUGUCGGCCGCAAAUGCAGAUGGGCCUAAUAGUAUCCCUGCUCUGGACUUUGAGAACAUUGAGGAACAAGCAGAGGGAAUCUUUGGUGGAAGUGAGGAAAACACGCCUCUGGAUCUUGAUGAUCAUGGUGGAAGAACAUUUUUAAGGGUCCUGCUGCAUCUCACCAUGCACGACUACCCUCCACUUGUUUCUGGAGCGUUGCAUCUUCUCUUCCGACACUUCAGUCAGAGACAGGAAGUACUCAUGUCUUUCAAACAGGUCCAGCUUCUAGUCACCAGUCAGGAUGUUGACAACUACAAACAGAUUAAAUCGGACCUCGACCAGCUGAGAUCUAACGUGGAGAAGUCCGAGCUCUGGGUGUACAAGCGACAGGGCGAUGACAUGGAUGCUGGCGACGGACUUCCUGCAGAAUCCGACCACAAAAAAACGAGAGACUCCAGUUCGGACAAAAAGAAGUCGGAUGGAAAUGGCAGCGACAAUUACAAAGAUGUCAAGGAGAUUCUUCUGCGUCUCAGUAAACUUUGCGUCCAGGAAGGACCAUCGGGGAAGAAGAGCAAGAAACAGCAGCAGAGGCUCCUGAGGAACAUGGGGGCUCAUUCUGUGGUCCUAGAGCUUCUUCAGAUCCCUUAUGAGAAGGGUGAAGACAUCCGGAUGCAGGAGAUCAUGAAAUUGGCACACGAGUUUCUUCAGAACUUUUGUGCAGGCAACCAGCAGAACCAAGCCCUGCUCCACAAACACAUAAACCUGUUCCUGAACCCGGGGAUCUUGGAGGCCAUCACCAUGCAGCACAUCUUCAUGAACAACUUUCAGCUGUGCAGUGAGAUGAACGAGCGUGUGGUGCAGCACUUUGUCCAUUGCAUCGAAACACACGGCAGGCACGUGCAGUACCUGAAGUUCCUGCAGACCAUCGUCAAGGCCGAGAACAAAUUUAUCAAGAAAUGCCAGGAUAUCGUGAUGGCUGAGUUGGUGAACUCUGGAGAGGAUGUUUUGGUCUUUUAUAAUGACCGAGCGUCCUUCCAGACCCUCGUUCAGAUGAUGCGUUCAGAGCGUGAGCGUAUGGAUGAAAACAGCUCUCUUAUGUACCACAUCCACCUGGUGGAGCUGCUGGCAGUCUGCACGGAGGGCAAAAACGUCUACACUGAGAUCAAAUGCAAUUCGCUGUUGCCACUUGAUGAUAUCGUCAGGGUUGUAACGCACCAGGACUGCAUCCCUGAGGUGAAAAUCGCCUAUAUUAACUUCCUGAAUCAUUGCUAUGUGGACACCGAGGUGGAGAUGAAGGAGAUCUACACGAGCAAUCACAUGUGGAAGCUCUUCGAGAACUUUCUGGUGGACAUUUGCAGGGUCUGCAACAAUACGAGCGACCGCAAACAUGCUGACACGACGUUAGAAGGCUAUGUGACGGAAACCGUGAUGAGUAUUGUGACGACGUUUUUCAGCUCCCCCUUCUCCGACCAAAGUACUAGUUUACAGACCCGUCAGCCCGUAUUCGUUCAGCUUCUUCAGGGUGUUUUUCGAGUUUAUCACUGUAACUGGUUGGUCCCCGCUCAGAAAGCGUCAGUGGAGAGUUGUAUUAAAGUUCUGUCUGAUGUGGCCAAGAGCAGAGCAAUCGCCAUCCCAGUGGAUUUGGACAGCCAGGUGAACAACCUGUUUGUGAAGUCCAACAAUGUAGUACAGAAGACCAUCCUCAAUUGGAGGAUGUCAGCUCGCAACGCCUCCAGAAGAGAUUCAACGCUCACCACUUCAAAAGAUUACAGGAACAUCAUCGAAAGGCUUCAGGACAUUGUGUCUGCUCUGGAGGAUCGGUUGCGGCCGCUGGUUCAGGCUGAGCUCUCCGUGUUGGUGGAUGUUCUGCACCGGCCCGAACUCCUGUUUCCGGAAAACACAGAUGCACGACGGAAAUGUGAGAGCGGAGGAUUCAUCUCCAAAUUAAUAAAACACACCAAACAGCUUUUAGAAGAGAACGAGGAGCGCUUGUGCAUAAAGGUCCUGCAGACACUUCGAGAAAUGAUGACCAAAGACCGCGGCUAUGGGGAUAAGUUAAUUGCCUUUGAUGAUGAGCUGGAUGUUGCUGAGCUCGCACCCCCACCAGAGCCAGAGGUCCCGGCAGAGGAGCUCGAUCCAAACCAGCCCCAGAAGCUACUGGAGGAUCAGAGAAGGGGUGAAGCUCUGAGGCAAGUCUUGGUGAACCGUUACUAUGGCAACGUCAAGCAGGGAAGCAGGCGAGACAGUUUGACCAAUUUCAGCAAUGGGCCGCUCACCCCCGGUGGACAGACCAAGGUUCCUACAGGAGUUGGUGGGGGAUCAGGGGGCAGUCGAGGUGAGAUGAGCCUGGCCGAGGUACAGUGUCACCUGGAUAGGGAGGGCGCAUCUGACCUUGUUAUCGACCUUAUUAUGAACGCCACAAGUGACCGAAUCUUCCAGGAAAGCAUCCUGCUGGCCAUCGCUCUUCUGGAGGGAGGAAAUCCCGUCAUACAGCGGUCGUUUUUUUGCCGUCUGACGGGUGACAAUAAGUCAGAGAAGUUCUUUAAAGUGUUUUACGAGCGGAUGAAGUUGGCCCAGCAGGAGAUCAAGGCGACUGUGACGGUGAACACCAGCGAUCUGGGCAGCAAACGCAAAGACGAGGACAGCAACGACAAGGACGCCCAAACGCGCAAAAAAGUAAAAGAUGUUACCGUAGUAACCGAUGAGGUUCGAGAGCAACUUCUGGAAGCAUCUACGGCCACCAAGAAGGCCUUCAACACGUACCGAAGGGAGGCGGAUGCAGACGAGCAUGUAAAUGUGGCGGAGGGGCAAACCAGCACAGGUGACAAAAACGAGGAUGACAGUGAGAUGAGCGUCAUCAUCACGAUUAUGAAGCCAAUCCUGCGCCUGAUGCAGCUGCUCUGUGAGAACCACAACCGUGAGCUUCAGAACUUCCUUCGCUGUCAGAACAACAAAAACAACUACAACCUGGUGUGUGAGACGCUACAGUUCCUAGAUUGUAUAUGCGGCAGCACAACGGGAGGCUUGGGCCUGCUGGGGCUUUAUAUUAAUGAGAAGAACGUCGCUCUUAUUAACCAGACUGUGGAGAGCCUGACUGAGUACUGCCAGGGUCCUUGCCAUGAAAACCAGAAUUGUAUAGCCACACAUGAAUGUAACGGCAUCGACAUCAUCAUCGCUCUCAUCUUGAAUGACAUCAAUCCUCUUGGAAAGAAGAGGAUGGACUUGGUGCUCGAGCUUAAGAAUAAUGCCUCAAAACUGCUGCUGGCCAUCAUGGAAAGCCGUCACGACAGUGAGAAUGCAGAGAGGAUCCUGUAUAACAUGAGGCCUAAAGAACUGGUGGAGGUGAUUAAAAAGGCCUACAUGCAGGGUGAAAUCGAGGUGGAUCACAGUGAUGAUGAAGAAAGCGGUGGUGAAGAACAUGCUGCCUCUCCACGUAAUGUGGGUCACAACAUCUACAUCCUGGCCCAUCAGCUAGCCAGACACAACAAGGAACUCCAGGCCAUGCUGAAGCCAGGAGGAACGUAUGGGGAGGGGGAUGAAGCGCUGGAAUUCUACGCCAAACACACGGCCCAAAUUGAGAUUGUCCGUCUGGAUCGCACAAUGGAGCAGAUCGUGUUUCCCGUCCCAAACAUUUGCGAGUUCCUAACUCAGGAGUCGAAGCUCCGGGUGUAUUACACCACCGAGCGCGACGAGCAGGGCAGCAAGAUCAACGACUUUUUCUUGCGCUCCGAAGACCUCUUCAAUGAGAUGAAUUGGCAGAAGAAGCUGCGAGGUACUCAAGAGGCAACUGGUAACGCAAACUCCGUGCCUUCUCAGCCUAUCCUGUACUGGUGUUCUCGCAACAUGUCCUUCUGGAGCAGCAUCUCUUUCAACCUGGCUGUCCUCAUGAAUCUAUUGGUGGCAUUCUUUUAUCCGCUGGAGGGAGUGCGUAGAGGCACUUUGGAGCCACACCUCUCUGCACUGCUAUGGGCGGCCAUGUUGGUUUCGCUGGCCAUUGUUAUAGUUCUUCCUCAGCCUCACGGGAUCAGGGCCCUCAUCGCUUCUACCAUACUCCGCCUCAUCUUUUCGGUUGGCCUGGAGCCUACCCUGUUUCUGCUCGGGGCGUUUAAUGUGUGCAAUAAAGUGAUUUUCCUUAUGAGUUUCGUGGGCAAUCGCGGGACGUUCACGAGAGGCUAUAAAGCGAUGAUCAUGGAUGUGGAGUUCUUGUAUCAUCUGCUCUAUCUCAUCAUAUGCAGCCUUGGAGUUUUUGUUCACGUGUUCUUCUACAGCUUGCUUCUCUUUGACCUGAUCUACAGAGAAGAGACGCUGCUGAACGUCAUCAAGAGCGUCACCAGGAACGGACGCUCCAUCGUUCUGACCGCCGUCCUGGCUCUCAUCCUGGUCUACCUUUUCUCCAUCGUGGGAUACAUCAUAUUUAAAGAUGACUUCAUCCUGACUGUGGACAGGAUAUCAAAUAAAAGUCUGGAGCAUUCUGCCAGUAAGAUGGGAGAGUUCCUGGCGGGCGCUGUGUGUCGGACAGAAGAGAAUUGCUCUACGGAGACCGUGAUGGAUGCCGUGGGCGUGCAGCCGGCUCCACUCGUGAUCGAGGAUAAGGAAAGCACAUGCGACUCGCUACUUAUGUGCAUCGUCACCGUGUUGAGCCACGGCCUGCGGAGCGGAGGCGGGGUCGGGGAUGUUCUGCGAAAACCAUCUAAAGAGGAGCCUCUCUUUGCAGCUCGUGUGAUCUACGACCUUCUGUUCUUCUUCAUGGUCAUCAUCAUCGUCCUCAACCUCAUUUUCGGGGUCAUCAUUGACACAUUCGCUGACCUGAGAAGUGAAAAACAGAAGAAAGAGGAAGUGUUAAAAACGACCUGCUUUAUUUGUGGUUUGGAGAGGGACAAGUUUGACAACAAAACGGUGACAUUUGAAGAGCAUAUAAAGGUGGAGCACAACAUGUGGCAUUACCUUUUCUUCAUAGUGCUGGUGAAAGUCAAGGACUCGACUGAGUUCACCGGGCCCGAGAGCUACGUGGCCGAAAUGAUCCGGGAACACAACUUGGACUGGUUUCCUCGGAUGCGAGCCAUGUCGCUGGUUAGCAGCGAUGCCGAGGGCGAGCAGAACGAGAUCAGAAGCCUUCAAGAGAAACUCGGAGAAACCAUGAAGCUCAUCUCUAACCUGUCAGGCCAACUCACCGAGUUAAAAGAGCAGAUGACAGAGCAGAGAAAACAGAAACAGAGGAUCGGGCUUUUGGGUCACCCUCAACACAUGAACCUCAACCCUCAACAGCCCGCCUAAACCCAUUAGACGGGCCAAGUGUCCUACAGCCAUCACAUUAGCCUUCGUGUGUAUUAACGUUUGUCUGCAUUAAAACUAUUACAAAUACCCCCCCACGCACACACACACACACAAUCUCUGAGUGCCAAAUGUUAAAGGGGAAGUAAAUUGUACUCGGUUUGCACAGGGUAAACACAUAUUGCAAGACUGAGAACAUGCGGUGCAAUAUGAUUUACAUCAGGAUCUUUUUUGAAUAGACCCAUAACAGCAUAGCAGUCAGUACUGGAUGUCUUAUUUUUGUAUUCUGUGCAAUAUUAAUAAUAUGCAAAUACACUGAUCUGUAAAUGAUGUCUUAAAGGGACUGUGUGAAAAAUAUCAUCUUGUGUUUUGUUCUUUUGCUUUAAUUCUAAUGAAAUUCAUUAGAGCUACCUGUAGGUAUUUAAAAAAAAGUUACGUUCGACAUGUGAAAUACAGUGUAUACACACACAUAUAUAUAAUAUAUGAAAAAGCAUUUUGGUAUUUUAUUUAAUUUAUAUUUAAAUAAAAAAUAAGUUUAGAUUCUGCAUCUAUAGGAGUUUCUGUUUGUUAUUAAGCAUUAUUGUAGUAUUUAUUUUAUUUUUUGCUUUUUGUGUUUGCUGCUACCUUUACAGUAUGACCUUAAGAGUCAAGUAUUGAGUAAUAAUGAACUUACAGGCAGUUAAAGUUUGUAUUAAAAUCUACUAUUGAAUAACUUAACCCAUUCAUUUCUGUCAUUAUAGAGUCAUCUUAAGUGUGCCUGUCGAUAAGUUGUGCUUUAAAAGGUAAAGCACAAUAUGAGUAUGUACUGGCAAAAGCAAUUCUUGUUUUCUAGAUUCCUCUGUAAUUUGUUCAAUUUUCUAGAAGAUUUCAUCUUUUAGCUGAAAACGAUGUUAUCAAGGAUUUUUCUUUAUUUUAUGCAUCUUGUAAUACACAUUUCUGCCAUGUCUUUGCUUUUAUAUAGAGAGAUACAUUUUCAUAGCAUCCUAAUAAUUACAGCACUGUUACUGAGAAAUAAACUUGAUUUAAUAGAUAAAUAUAUAAUUCAAUGAGAUUGUAAAAUAAUUUAGUGAUAUAUUAAUAAAAUCCAUACUACUUGUUGAA